AAAACAAAAACAAAAUUCCCUCGAGUCGAACUCGAGCAGUCUAGGGCAUCUCCCCCCAGAAGCCGCUCGAAUCCCCUCCCCAGAAUCCCAAGGUCAGAGCCACUGAUCUAUUGCCAAACCCCUCAAUCAUCUCAAUUCGGGCCGCGGAACCCUAGAUAUCCGGCAGCCAUUGAUCCCCUCUUCGACCAGCGAGUACCCAAUCCGUCCCCUUUUGGAGGGGAGGCGGUGCUAGAGAUCCUCCGCUCCCGAUCCACAAAUUCCAGCAGACAGAGCAUCGUCGAUCUUGGUCAACCGAUCCAUCCAGGGCCACGAUCUCGUACUUAUAUACUCCGGCGACAUGGGGAAGCCUCUAAUCUACGAGAUGCUGGAGAAGCCGGCGAGCAGCGGCGUGAUAGCCCUCUGCUCCCUCAUCUGGUUCCUCAUCCAGAAGAAGGGCAUCGGGUACGCGGACGUCGGGCUGAGCUACGAGGCGGCCGUGGAAGGGGGGCAGCACUGGCGGCUCAUCACCGCCGCCUUCUCGCACGUCAGCGUGGUGCAUCUGGUGUUCAACAUGAGCGCGCUGUGGAGCCUGGGCGCCGUCGAGCAGCUGGGGCCGCAGGCCGGGCUCGGCGUCCAGUACUACCUCCACUACACGCUCGUGCUGGUGGUGCUGUCCGGGCUGCUCGUGCUCGGGAUCUACCAUGUCAUGAUCCGGAGGUUCAAGGUGGACUACUUCAGGAGGGUGACCGCCGUCGGCUACUCGUGCGUCGUGUUUGGGUGGAUGACAAUUCUGGCCGCCAAGCAGCCGUCGUCCAAGCUCAACCUCUUUGGGGUCCUCUCGCUGCCCAUCAGCUUCGCGCCGUUCGAGUCGCUGAUAUUCACAUCCAUCAUGGUUCCCCAGGCCAGCUUCGUUGGCCAUUUGUCUGGGAUUAUUGUUGGUUACUCCAUUGCCUGGGGUUUGAUUCAUGGGAUGAAUAACUACUGGGCGGUAACAAUGCUCGGGUGGAUUGUGCUUGUGUUUGUGUUGAGCUUGAAGCGCACAGGUUCUUUGGAAAUGAGAUUUAUCGAGAUUGAGCCAGUUACGGAUCCCUCACUGCCGUCUCUGGGUGCGGUCGCCUCGAGAAAUGGUAGAACUCUGCAAAUGGACAUGCUGCCCGGAAGAGCAGUCGCAGAUUUUGUAUGACCUCCAGUGUGGAAGAGCUGCUCAAUGAAAUGUUUGAUAGGUCUUGUUUCACUUUGUAAAAUUGUAUUAAUUGACACAAUGCUAUACUUUCAGUUCUGGGAAUCUGGUGUUAUGCGCUUCAUUGGUCAUCUCAGAUGUGAAGGGAGUUGUUUUAUCUUUACUUCCAGAUGAAAAUGUUCAUUUCGAACAGAAAAGGAUCCUUUUAUGAAGGAUAGCAUGUAAAGGAAUGAGAAGCAUGUAGAAAAGAACAACUGAAUUUGUGCUGUGCAUAUCAGAUUGUUUCCAUUCUAAUACGUAGACUCUAUUCUAAUAUGUAGACUCAAGCUAUAAACUAAGAUAUUGUUACCGAUCC